GACAUCAUGAACUACUUUGAGAGCUACUUUGCCGUUGCCUCCACCGUGCCUUCGGUCCUGUGCCUCAUGGCCAACUUUGUGCUUGUCAACAGGGUUCCAGUCCGGGUCCGCGUCUUGACCUCUCUGACCAUGAUGCUGGCCAUCUUCAUGGUGAUGACCAUUCUGGUGAAAGUGGAUACUUCCUCCUGGACCAAUGGCUUCUUCGCUGUCACCAUGGUCUGCAUGGUGCUCAUCAGCAGUGCCUCCACCAUCUUCGGUAGCAGCGUCUACGGCCUGACUGGCUCCUUCCCAAUGAGGAACUCCCAGGCACUGAUUUCAGGGGGAGCCAUGGGCGGGACCAUCAGUGCUGUGGCCUCACUGGUAGACCUGGCAGUGUCCCGCGACGUGACAGAUAGUGCCCUGGCCUUCUUCCUGACUGCGGACGUCUUCCUCGCACUCUGCAUCGUGCUCUACCUGCUGCUGCCCAGGUUGGCGUACGCCAGGUUCUACAUGAGGCCUGCUUGGCCAGCCCACGUGGUUUCUGGUGAAGUGGGGCAGCUCCAGGACUCUUCCAGUGCCUCUUUGUUGGCCCCCAGAUCCAAUAACUCCCACACGCCACCCCUCUGUCCCAUCCUGAAGAUGACCAUUGGCCUAGGCUUCAGCAUCAUUUAUCUCUUCUUCAUCACCAGCCUCAUCUUCCCCGCCAUGUGCACCAACAUCGAGUCCUUCAACAAGGGCUCCGGCUCACUGUGGACCACCAAGUUCUUUGUCCCCCUCACCAGCUUCCUCCUGUACAACUUUGCUGACCUGUGUGGCCGGCAGAUCACAGCCUGGAUCCAGAUCCCAGGACCCAAAAGUCGGCUGCUCCCAGGGCUCGUGCUUCUCCGAACCUGCUUCAUCCCACUCUUCAUAUUCUGCAACUACCAGCCCCGCACACACCUAAAGAAGGUACUCUUCAUGUCCGACGUCUACCCCAUAGUCUUCACCUCUUUGCUGGGAAUCAGCAAUGGUUACCUCAGCACCCUGGCCCUCAUCUACGGGCCGAAGAUUGUGUCGAGGGAGCUGGCUGAGGCCACAGGGGUAGUGAUGUCCUUUUAUGUGAAUUUGGGUUUGCUACUUGGCUCAGCAUGCUCUGCCCUGCUGGUUCACCUCAUCUAG